AUGGCGGCAGGCUCGACUACGCUGCACGCAGUGGAGAAGCUGCAGGUGCGUCUGGCAACUAAGACGGACCCGAAGAAGCUAGGGAAAUAUCUGCAGAAACUCUCCGCCUUGCCCGUGACGGCAGACAUCCUGGCGGAGACUCGAAUCCGAAAGACCGUGAAGGGCCUGCGGAAGCACCAGCACGUGGGCCCCAUUGCCAGAGACUUAGCGGCCCGGUGGAAGAAGCUGCUUCUCGUGGACCCAAACACCAGGCCCGGGCCCGACCCACGGGACCGGGAGGAGAGCUCUUCCCGAGAGCGCCUCGGGGAGGCUCUUCGGGACCAAGAAAAGGCCUGGGGCUUCCCGGAAAACGGGACGGCCCCCAGGAGUCGAUCUCACAGCCCUGAGCACAGACGGACAGCACGCACAGCACCUACGGGGCUCCGGAGACCUGAGCGAAGCUCCCCCAGCCGCCAGGACGGAGCCCAGAGAAAGCGCCCCAGAAAUGCCUCGGCUGAUUCCGGCCCCAAUCGGGCCCCUCAGUCAGGGCGCGCCGGACCUCUCCCGAUGAGCGAGGGCCUGGAGCCCGGGCAGCAAACCCGAAGAGGCCACGCUGACACCGCCCAGGGCCUGCCCCUGCUCGCUGGAGGCUGCCAGGGCCAACCCCAGGACGAAGCGGUUGGGGGCCGCAGAAAGAAGCGCAAAUCCUCCCGCCGGGAAGAACGCCCUGUGGGUGCCCAGGGCCGCGGGCAGUCUCCCGCUUCCCUCAUGGAGACAUCCUCCGGGGCCUGCACCAGAGGGGAAUCCCCAAGGCCGUCCUCCCGGGAAAGCCCCAGGGACACAGCGCCCUCUGCUAGCGCCGGGACACGGAAGGAAGGAGGGCGCGCCGGCGGCAGUGGCCAGCGUCUCCCCGCCUGGGCGGUGGCUCCAGACGGCCACCCGGAGAGGCCUAGGCACAGACGCUCGCACAAGAAGAGGCCAGGUCUAGACGGCCCGGACCCACGAAAGGGGACACACGGCCUCUCCCCCGGGGUCAAACAGCAGCUUUCCGGCGAACCAGAGACUCGAGAGGGGAAGCCACGCACUGCUCACUUGGACGCAGUAGCCGUGGGCUCCCUCUCUGACGUGGAGGAGGGAGAGGGGGCUGAGGAAUUCCAGCAGCCCGCUCUGUCCUUCGAACAAUACCUCACCUACGACCAGCCGCAGAAGAAGGCGAAAAAGACCGCGAAGUCUUCCGGCACCGCUCGUGGAGAUCAACGACGGAGAGCAAGCCGUUCCAAGGGCACCGGCGAGUCCCGGGCUUCGCCUCCGAAAUUGCCUCCUGUCAAGGAAAGCCACUCCCCGAGGCCACAGGCGGCCGGUGCCGAUUCCUCCGGGCGGAAAACCGUGCUCAGCCACGGCUUCUCAGAGCUGUGGGACCUCUCAGAGCCCUGGAUGCAGGCCAACUACGAUCUGCUCUCCGCCUUUGAGUCCCUGACCGCCCAGACACAGACAGAACCGGCACUCUCCGCACCGACGUUCCAGGAGGAAACCGGUUCCCCUGGACGCAGAAAGAACGCCAAGAUGCAGGUGUACUCCGGCUCCAGGCCUGCCCGCCAGCCCGGGUGGCUGACCUUGCGCCAGCAGUGCGUCCGGGCGCUUAGAGACAACCCCGGCGUCCUGGGCCGAGCGGGACGCGUCCCCUCUUGGGUUUUUGAACUUGUCCUGGAGGGGUGUACGCCUGACCAGCUAUAUCGCAGAGAGAAAAACAAUCACGCACUCAUUGGACAGACAGACGGACUCUGGAGGAUUCACUGCCUCCGGGACUUCAAGGGAGAAAAUCCGCAGGAGCACGAGUCUUGGCGGGAGCUGUACCUGCGUCUUCGGCAUGCCCGAGAGCAGCGGCUGCGUGUAGUGACGACCAACAUCCGGGCUGCACGUGACAACAAGCCCCACGGCCGACGGACGAAGAUGAUCUGUUUCAACUCGGUGGCCGAGCCGCCUAACGGUGCUCCGAGGAGGCAAGAGAAGUCUGCAGGAGCCGCUGACCCCGAAAAUGGCAACAUCAACCCAGAUCCGCAUCCCCCAAAAAGCAGCCGCCCGCCGCCCGCUAGCGAGGGCGGCGGGGCAGGCAGCGGCCUUCCCAGGCGCCCUGAGAAGCGGGCCUACGCCUGCCUGAGCUGGAGCAACGCGCGGGCGACGCCCGAGGCCAAAAUCCGGAAACAGGCUGCCAAGAAAGUGGCCCCGCUGAUGGCCAAGGCCAUUCGAGACUACAAGAGAGCAAUCUUACGACGAUAA